UGUAGAAAAUACCCAUACUUAGAAAAAUAAUUAUAGGAACAAAAUAAGCUAAUUAUGUUAGUAAUAUAUUCUGUAUAAUCUUCUUCCUUAUCUGGUUCCGUAUUUCUUUCCAUCUUACCUGUAUAAAUGUAAUAGUUAUUUCACAAGAGCAAUACACAGAAAAUUAACCAAAAACUAUUCUCUCUGUUUACGUAUUUUAACAUGGUAUCAGAGCCAUAAGGUCGAUCUUCGACGGUUGUUCGUACUCAUCAUCUACCGGGAUCUACCGAAAUGGAAGACCCAUCGGAAAACCCACCAGAAAAUCCAAACCAGCUUAUUUCUAUGGAACAUAUGCAACAACUGUUUCAAAUGUUCCAAACACUCAACAAAAGCUCAACCAACAUCGAACCAGUGACUUCACAAACAGUGCGAGUCGCGGAAAAAUUGAACUUUACCAACUACACCAAAUGGUGUAAACUGAUGCAGAUAGCAAUUGGUGGUCGGGGAAGACUCAAUCACAUCAUCGUCAAUCCCAUUUCACCAGACGAUCCAGAAUACCAGCAAUGGGCUCAAAAAGAUUCGAUGGUCAUUUCAUGGAUCAUCGAGAAUAUUGAUGGAGACCUCGUGAAUCAAUUCUUGGACUACAAAACUGCCCGAGAUUUAUGGAAAGGCAUCGAAACUCUACUCAGUAGCGGCAGAGAUGAACUGCAGAUCUAUGAUCUGAACACAAAGGCAACCUCUAUGAAACAAGGCAUAGACACGAUAGAGGUCUAUUUCAGUAAAUUGAAUACCCUCUGGAAAGAAAUCGAUAGACGAAUGCCGAACCCAAUGAAAUGCGCAGAAGACAUCACACAAUUCAACUCAUUUAUACAACGACAAAGGCUGUACCAGUUUCUGGCUGGUGUAAAUGAUUCACUUGACAAAGAAAAGCGAGACAUCCUAAAUCUAGAUCCCCUUCCAACCAUUGAUGCCGCAUAUGCCACCAUCAGACGAGAAAUUGCUCGUCGUGGCAUAAUGACCGGCAACUCAUCACUGGAACGAGGUCCCUCAGAGAUUGGAAGUGGUCUUGUCACUCAACGCCGGUCAGAUUCUUCAUUUAGCCGGCCAGAUUCAUCAUUCCGGCGAGAGGACAAAACUCCCCUCAAAUGCAGCCACUGCGGAGGAACCAAACACACCAAGGAAGGAUGCUUCAAGCUCAUCGGCUACCCAGAAUGGUGGGAAGACCUGAGACAGCGUAAAGCCGCCACCAAGGUAACAAAGACCGGCGGCAAGGCUAACGCCGCCAUCGGAGAAGGAGAACCGACCAGCGAAGCUUCGCCAACCAAUGUCACCAACAGGCGAACAGGUACCGGCGAGGGCUCGUCGACCAACGUUACCGACAGGAGAACAGGAUGCUCAGACGGGGCGGAUCAUUGGUCGUGGUAUUGAACGAGGAGGUCUAUACUAUGUAAACGAGGUGACUCAACAGGGUAACGCUUUGCUUGCUCAAGGGUCGCCGGAAUAUCAGAUCUGGAUGUGGCACCGACGGCUAGGUCAUCCGUCUUUAA